GCGACCAUGGGAUUGCUCUGUGAUGAAGAAGAGCCGAUAGAUUGAAAUAUGCGAAAUUUUGUUAUGGAAAUUUAACAAUUGUCCGACGUCUGAACAUAAGACUCUGCUAUUAAACACAAGUAACAAUGUCUCGAGCAGCAAAUAAGAGCCGUGCCGAUAAGGCGCGCGGUGGCCCCACCAACCCGACCCCGGUCCCUCCCCCGGCCCUCAACCAGGAUGUGGUGGACAUCAUCCCCGGCCGCCUGCCCCAGUCCUUCUGGACAGCCAUGAUCACGCAGGAGGAGGGGGAGGACGUGGUCAGGGAGAUCAUGGAGGACCUCAUGGGGAAUGUCAUGGAGAAAUGCAAGAGGGAGUACUUGAAUAGACAGCUGAUUCCAUACACGGUGGCCCGCACCAGAGACACGCUGCUGGAGAUCCUGGAGUGGAGGUUUCUGGUCCAGGACCCGGGAGAGCCGUCGGGUAACACCUGGAAAGAGGACAGGGAGCCCCAGCCCCUGCUCACAGACUCCUGGGCCCAGGGCUGUGUGGCCGUGUCACAGCGCAAGCCUACACCUCCACCACAGCCAAGAGCCGCCCCAACAGAGAAGCUGAUGAGGCGACGGAACACAGAAUAUCACCAGAAAACCUGGGGAGCAGCAAAACAUCUGAAAGAUCAAAGAGAAUGUCCGGAAAGUAAGUCGGCACCUGCCAGAAGAAGCGAGAAGAAGCGUCUAUCUCUUUCAUCGAUGGUGCCCGCUGACGUUUCCCAGAGAAGCAAUCCUCAGCUUGUCGGCCGCAUUGUUCCACCAGACCAAUCGGGUGGGAGUCCCCAGCAGGCCAGAAAGCUGUUCAACACUCCCACAUUCACCAGCAUGGCACCUCACAUAGAAGAACUGUGUCUCCGGGAGGGGAGAAGGUCUCUGGAGCAUCUGUCUAUUACUUCAGCCCUUUGACAGGACCGCCUUACGCCCCCACCACAGCCUGCCAAGGUUACUGUAGGAACACACAGAAUACAACCCGGCAGCUUGGUCAACAUUUGUGAAUGAAUGAACUACUUGCAAGGACAGACUUGUGACCUACUCAGUGAAACAGAAGAGAGAAGAUGCCAUUCAAAAGAUUGAAGUGUUGUUACAUGACAAUAAAGAGGUUAUUCAUACAGAACAAGAAA